GAGGAGAUCGGUUUAGCUGUGGGAGAAAAGACACAGCAGAAUAAAGUCACUGGUGCGGAUGAACGGCGUCAUCUUCCUGGACCAGCUGGAGAAGGUGCUCCGCGUCAUUGAGACAGGUAUCGUGGUGAACAAGAUGUUUGUGCAGCUGUAAUGCAGUACAACAGCUGGCAUCCUCUCCGCACAUCUUCACACACUGAGUAGCCAGUAUGCUGUUGUUGCAGUCAUCCUCUUCCACACCACAAACACAGCUCGCGACUCUUUGAAAAGGUUUUUUGUGGAUUUUGCAUGGAUGCUCCUUUUUGCUACAACAGAAGUCUGCAGGCUCUAUGGAGGAUGAGUUCAGGAAUAUAGGCCUGCAUGCUUGAAUGUGUGUGUGUCAGCGGUGAUGAGUGAACAGGCGCUGGUCCAUAUGCAGGGCCCGGGUCAGCAGACGGCCCUGCACCGAGCUGCCACGGUGGGGAACAGUGCUGCCGUGGCUGCUCUGAUUCAGGGAGGCUGCGCUGUGGACCUGCAGGACAAAGACAGGAACACUGCGCUGCAUGAGGUGUCUUGGCAUGGUUUCUCUCACUGUGUUAAACUGCUGGUGAAGUCAGGAGCUGAUGUACAUAUCAGGAACAAGGCAGGAAACACAGCACUCCACCUGGCCUGUCAGAAUGCACACGCUCAGACUACUCGCCUUCUGCUGCUCGGAGGAUCGACACCAGACACCAAGAACAAUAGGGGUGACACCUGUUUGCAUGUGGCUGCACGCUACAACAACCUGACCCUGGUCAAAAUCCUGCUGAGCUCUCUAUGCUCUGUGACAGAGAGAAACCAGGCGGGGGACACAGCUCUCCAUGUGGCUGCUGCUCUCAACCACAAGAAGACAGUUCAGCUCUUACUGGAAGCGGGGAUUGAUGGGAAAAUCAGAAACAAUGCAGGUAAAACAGCCCUUGACAAGGCCAGAGAUAACGACCAUAAAGAUGUGGCACAUCUCAUGGCCAGAGCUCCUCAGGUACAUCGCUUCAUGCGAGGAAGAACAAUAAGAAGACGAAGACAAAAACUGACAGCUGAGCGCAGGACCCAGUCAGUCACUAGAGUAGAAAUUCUACCAAACAAAGACAGCAGUUCAGUGGGGGAGGACACCCCCAGCAGUGAUCACAUGGAGAGCAGAACUGCCUUCAAGAUGGGUCCUCGCCAGCAGCAGAAGCACCAGCAGUAUUACGACAAGACUCUAGGUCCCAUCAGCAGUCCCCUCUGCCCCCGGAAGAGCAGAUACAAGGAACAGGCUUUAAAUGAAAAUGAUCUGAGGAAAGGUGAGAAUGACGUUAAGAAGAGUCUGCUCUGGGAUGAUGGUGAAGAUUCUGUUCAGAAUGGAAAAAUCUACCAGCUUUACACACUGUACCGUGACAAGGAUGGCAACGUUAGACAGGCACAAGCUAAUGGAUGCCACUGUAAGACCCUCCUCAACAAGCUGGAGGGCCAGCUGACGGCCACGCAGGAGGAGAUGAGGCUGCACAUCCUGAACAUCCAUGAGCAGGUCAACAGUCAACUGGGCAAAAUGGACCACAGGACCAGGCACCAGAUUAAAGUGUUGGACAUUCUGAAUCAGGAGAGAGCAGCAGCAGAGAGGAAGAAGGUGGCGCACAAGAUGGAGCACAGAGCUGCCCAGGGAAGAGACGAAGCCCUCAUUACACAGGCAGCAGUGAGCCAUGAACUGAAGAGGUGGUGUAUGUCUCAGUUGAAGGACACGCAUGUCCAUGUCCCAGCCAAAGCCCAGUACUACAAGCUCCUCCCCUCACAGUCUGUGGAGCAGUGUGUAUUAGACACUGACCUGGAGUCUCUCCCCCUGCUGUCUGUGAUGUCUGGAGAAAGCAGCACCUCACUGGCUACCUACGUCAACAUCCUGCCGUCUAAAUCUACCUACAGUGCGGGAGGCCCAGAGCCGGAGCAGAUGGGGAGCAGGACAUACUUUGAGAUGAAGGUGGACAGGUCACCAGAUGACUAUGAGAACACAACCCUGUUUCCUCUGCCUGCCGACCAUACCUCAGUCCUCCUGCUGGCCUCUGGUGACCCCCUGUGUCAGCGUCCAGGAGUGCACAACAGUCCCAUAUCAGCAGUGAUGCCCCUGUUUGGGGAGGGCUUCUCAAGCAGCAGCAGCCAGUCCAAUGUCAGCGUCCAGGGACCCACACUGAGCCAACAUCAGGAACACAGCUAUGACAGACACUUGAUGAGUGUGCAGAGGCGAGCAGUUCUACCCACUGAGGGCACCACAACACUGGAGUUCUUCUUCGACCGUCCCACUGAGCCCACAUUCAGUCAGGAGAUGAAAAAUCAGCAUGCUGUGGAGGUGACUCAGCGUUUCUUUGAGACGGUGUCGACUCAGUUGGAACGUUGGUACGAGAGGAAGAUAGCGAAGGUGGAGCAGCAGACGGAGCUCAGAGCCCAGCAGGACAGGAAGGAGCUGCUGCAGAAGAUAAGCACACUGGAGGAGGAGCUUCAGAGGCUGAAGACCAAUGAGAAUGUAGAAAGCUGAUGCGCCCUGACAGUGAUCAAUACAAGCUAUAGCUACAUCAGGCAGCAAAAGGAGAAAAUUAAGUGUUAAAGGAACCGAUGCAAUGAUUCAUACUGUAUACAGUUGGUAGAUAAAAGUAAUGUAUGCAUAUUAUAAAUGAAUAUUUAAUGAAGAUUUCCAUAUUUAAUUAUAGUUUAGUAAAGUGGUGUUUAUUCCUUGCUCUUACUCGUUAUUCUUUUCUGCACAUAAUUUGUCACAGUUGCCACUUACGAUUAUAGUUGAUUUGUUGGAGUCCACUCAUAAACAAAACAUCACGCACAAUGAAGUCACAGAUUCUUAAAAAAAAGGUAUGUUUUCAUCAUUUAUACAAAUAUAUAUGAUUAUAACAAAUAAAUUCUCAUUGAAUUGAUCAUGCUUUCCAUAAUAAUGUAAGUAUACAAAGAAAGGCCACAUUAUAAUACACCCAAUAACCCAAUAAUCAACUAUAAUUUCCAUGAUUGAGACAAAUGUAAAUAUUAUGUUUAAAUGUUAAAAUUAUUUUAACUCAUUUCCAAUGUCAACAAUGAAUGUAUGUUACUAUAUUAUAUUAAUGGAAUAAUACACAGUGUGUGUUCUAUUGUUUACAGUCUUCCUGGAAUUGUUUAUUAUUACUUUUUUAUCAGUCUGGGUUCCUUUUUCUAAGGCGGAAGCAAAACCUUAGGACAUGAGCGAUAAACAAAUCCCAAGCGGCCCAUUAAAACAUUUCUCCAUCGCACUACGAGUUGAAAUACCACUCUGUAAAAACCCCAAUACAAAAGUCCUUCAUUCAAAAAUCUUAUUUUACUACCAUUUAGGAGAAAGAUUUACUUGUAAUUAUAAAUAUAAACUAUGAAAAAACAUAUACAUAUUUGUAUUAGUAGCCUUAUGGUUAAAGUGCAUAUCUCAUAACAGCCACGGUGGAGGAUCUUUGUUGCAUGUCUCUCCGCUCUCGCUCACCCUGUUUCCUGUUUCCUGCCUCUUUAAACUGUCUACUGUCAAAUAAAGUCAAAAGUAUUAUCAG